UUCUCACCAUCCAGACGUCUCCGCCUUGCGACCGGAAGUGGAUCUGACAACAUCAGAAGCUGAAGCGCUGCCCAAACAUGGAUUAAAAGUACAGUUUUUGUUUCCCUGGGCGCCUGAGUGUCAAAGUGAGGACCCGAUGUCUAACACGGCGAGAAGCGGGGAUUUAAUCCACUUGAACGUGGGCGGGAAAAGGUUCAGCACCUCCCGACAGACGCUCACUUGGGUUCCUGACUCCUUUUUUUCCAGUCUUUUGAGCGGCCGGAUCUCCACUUUGAAGGAUGAAACUGGCGCAAUCUUCAUCGACAGGGAUCCCUCUCUGUUUGCGCCCAUCCUCAACUUCUUACGCACCAAAGAGCUCCACCCGCGCUCCGUCAGCGUGCACAUGCUCAUGCACGAGGCCGAGUUCUACGGGAUCACGCCACUCGUGCGUAAGCUGCAGCUGUGCGAUGAGUUGGACCGCUCUUCCUGCGGAAACGUCCUGUUCAACGGCUACCUGCCCCCGCCGGUGUACCCUGCCAAGCGCCGCAAUCGCCACAGCGUGGCGGGGUCACAGUUCACGACGGGUCGAGCCACGCCCGUAAAACGCAGCAACACAAUGCCCCCAAACUUGGGCAACACUGGGAUGCUGGCCAGAGGGGAGGACAGGGUGACUGGAGGUCCCUCAUCAGAUCCGGGCCUGGUUCGAAUCAUCUGUGGCCAUCAUAACUGGAUUGCGGCGGCGUACUCUCAGUUUGUGGUGUGUUACAGGGUGAAGGAGUCCACCGGGUGGCAGCAGGUCUUCACGUCUCCUCGCCUAGACUGGGUCAUCGACCGAGUGGCGCUCAACGCUAAGGUGAUGAGUGGCUCUCUGGGGGACAACGACAAGAUGGUGGCCGUCGCUUCGGGAACUGAAAUCAUCCUGUGGUCUAUCUGCGCGGACGGCAAUGGGAACGAGAUAGGCGUCUUCAGCCUCAACGUGCCGGUGGAGGCGCUCUUCUUCGUGGGUAACCAGCUGAUCGCCACCAGCCACAUCGGGAAGGUUGGCGUGUGGAAUGCCGUCACCAAACACUGGCAGAACCAGGAUGUGGUUCCCAUCAGCAGCUACGACACAGCGGGAUCCUUCCUCAUCCUGGGAUGCAAUAAUGGAUCCAUCUAUUACAUCGACGUCCAGAAGUUUCCUCUAAGGAUGAAGGACAACGACCUACUGGUGACAGAACUGUACCGCGACCCGACUAAGGACGCCAUCACUGCACUGAGCGUGUACCUCACCCCUAAAACCAGCGACAGCGGCAACUGGAUCGAAAUAGCUUACGGCACCAGCUCCGGCUCCGUUCGGGUCAUCGUGCAGCACCCGGAGACAGUGGGCUCCGGCCCUCAGCUGUUCCAGACAUUCUCGGUCCACCGGAGCCCCGUCACCAAGAUCAUGUUGUCCGAGAAACAUCUUAUCUCAGUGUGCGCAGACAACAACCACGUACGCACCUGGACCGUGACCCGCUUCAGAGGGAUGAUAUCAACCCAGCCGGGCUCCACACCACUCACCUCCUUCAAGGUCCUCAGCCUGGACGCCGACGACGCGCACGCAGGUUGCAGUGCCGGCACAGAGAUAGGACCGUACGGAGAGAGAGACGACCAGCAGGUGUUCAUCCAGAGAGUAGUACCAGACACUGACAAACUCUACGUUAGAUUGUCAUCCAACGGCAAAAGAGUGUGUGAAGUGCGCUCGGUGGAUGGCACCUCCAUCACGGCCUUUGUAGUCCACGAGUGCGAAGGAUCCAGCCGCAUCGGCUCACGGCAGCGCCGCUACCUGUUCAGCGGCCACGGCAACGGCAGUAUCCAGAUGUGGGACCUGACCACCGCCAUGGAGAUCGCCGGCAAAGUGGACAUCAGAGCACUGGGCGGGCCCACCGAGGAGGAGCUGCUGGAGCUUCUGGACCAGUGUGACCUGGCUCUGACCAGAACUCCUGACAGCACACCUCGAGCCUCCACAUGCAGUCUGCACUCACAGCUCAGUGACGGCGUCAGACCGGAGCGUCUUCACUCUGCAGGAAGAGGAGCCGCAGCGUUGGGUUCAUCAGGGUCGCUGUGCGGGAGUCUUCCUCGCCAAGCCUCGCUCGCCAGAUCCGCUCGUGACCCGCCCUCUUUCGCCUUUUCAGCGUACGGAUCGCAGUCCCUCUCCGGCAGUAGCCCUCGCCCCCAUCGCCACCCCGACCGAGACAGGGAAUGGGGGUCCGCUCGCAGGGGAAGCUUCGUGGAGCGUUGCCAAGAGCUCGCCAAGGGUUCCGAGGUAGCGGCGGCGGGAGUGGAGGGAAUGAGGCGGAGUUUGGCCGUUUGUAGCGAGUCAGAAGCCCACUUUGGUUUCAGGACGUCGACCGCCUUCUCCGUCUUGCCUGGUUCCCGCCCCUCCCCGCUGGGAUCGCCUCCCUCCAUGAUGCCGACGCCCUCGCCAUCGUUGCCGCAAUGUAGGCUCACGCCCACCUCCCCCACAAGCCCCGCCUCAGCAUCGUCAAGCCCGACGCGUUCUGAGACGGCCAGCUCCGCCCCUUCUCCGUCCGAGGCAACGACGUCGCCCGAAAGCCAGGACAGUCCGGCCGGCAGCACGGCCGCCAGCCCCAAACCUCAGAUGAACGAAACCAGCUUCUGACUUCCUGGCUGAGAGGGCUGUUGCCAUGGUUACCAACAUGUCGCCAAAGCUUCACUUCAAUGGUCGAGGAAAAAAAACGCCUCAAGACGAAUGAGAAUCUUUUCCUUGUUUUUACGGUUUGUAACGCUCGUCUUCCGACCCGCUCAGCCUUGGAAGUCGAUAACAAGCGCCAUGAUUGUGACAUUUGUAAAUAAGAGUCGUGUCAAAGUCGGCAUUUUUACGAGCGCGUGAAGCAGAAGACUUUCCUACAAAAAAAAACAAAGUACAAGAAGAUAUUUUAGUACAAAUUAAUGACUUUGAAAAAAGUGUGUAGCUUGGUUCAUUCAAGUCAACAGUGAGGACCAAUCAGUGAUCAAUAAGUCAUCCCUCCAGGAUCCCACCCACUUUGUGAAGAUUUGUCACGGACUAAAGGGCCUGAUUUUGCGACAGCUUUAAAAAAAAUAAGGCGGAACGUUUUAAAUUUUGUAAUUUUACAAAUUUCCAAGUGUGCUUUUCAAUUGAUGUAGUUAGGAAGACUUUCAUUGAUGUUGGGAGUCCUACCUCCACUUCACCACCAGGGAGCACUCCCAUUUCAGUGAGUCUUUCUCCUACCUGUAAGUGGGGAUGCAGGAACUAAUCGGAUUGGCCGAAUUGUGCGAGGAUUUGGCGUGAAAUUGUGAAAUCCUGGAGGGUGUGAAUUUGUGUUCAAACGCGUUAAUCAGCCGCUGACGUCGCACAAAACACGUGACAUCCGUGUUGGGGCACUGGUGCACCUUCUGGUUGGUGGAAGUAACUCAAGCUGGCUAAGCUCCGCCCACCAAGCGUCUUGGCAUCAGACAUGUCCGCUGUCUUCCUAACAGGCUUGCUUCUAAAGCAGGGGUGUCCGGGGUGCGGUCCGCAGCUGAUCUGUUUGACUCUAAAAAUUAUACCAAGAAAAAUGUGGAAUAAAAGAGAAAACGGGUGAAAUGUAAAAAUAAAAAGUUGCAAGAUUGACACUAAUAACA